UACAGUUCGCAGACGUUUGCCAACACUAUUUAAAUACCACGAUAUUUACGAGUUCAAUCAAACAAAAAAUCAAACACAAAUAAAAAUAAUUUAAGCAAUAAUUGAGUUUUUAACAUAAGCGCCAAUCGAUUUAUAUCUCAUAAGCAACAUAUUCGACAUCCAAAUAACCUAACUUGUCUUUGCUGGAUGGCCAAAUAAGACCAGAAUAGUGUAGACUACGGUGGCACACAAAACAAAAAAAAAACAAGGAAGAUUUGUCGUAUCAGGCAAACAAACAAUCCACAAAAUCAUGAAGGAGAAAUUUAGAAGAUAUCGAGAGAUACCAUACAUACUAAACGGUGAGAUCUUCCAGAUCGAGACUCAGCACGGCGAUAAUGUGACAGCCCGAUGCAAUUUUUGUCCUACUACUCAUCUUACGUUUCGCGGCAAUCUAAACUCCACUGGUAAUUUUCAUAGACAUAUCAAGCGUGCUCAUCCAUAUUUACUUCCUGAGCUGCGUGAUAUGAAGGAGGCAAAGGCUGAACAACGCAAGAUAAUGAGGGCUGAGAGAAAACGAAACGGUAACAGCAUUGAAAUUAUUUAUCAACUCGGAGAUGAUGAUGAGGAAGAUGAUGAUGAUGUUGACGGCGACGGCGACGAUGAUGAUGUUGCCGCCGAUGAUGCUACGUCCAUCUCGUCUAUUGAGCAAGAACCUCCAGAACUACAAACUACUUUGGACAGAGAUGAAACCCUAACAACAAGCUUACUACAUGAAUUGCGAUCUUUGCCAGAAAGCAAGGCAAAUAAACUGCGGGAUCGUUUGCAGCAAAUGUUAGAAGAAGCCCGUAAGAACCCAAGAAAGCUGUCGGCAUUAAGAAAAUGAAAAAAUAUAAAAUUAAGAUGAUU